GCAGAAUCACACUCGUCGAAUCCUACACGGUCUUGCAGAUCCCUCCCUGUGAGAACCUGCACCUUCAUUUGAAGUCUGUACGAUAAGAUCUCGUCUAUCGCAUUUUUGGCCGGAAACAGAUAACUUUACCGCUGUCACUGCUAUGACAUGGUGGAAUAUACGGAUGUUCAUCUCUUAUCAAAAAAUGGGGACGACGCGUCGUUACAUCUCAAGGUUGGACACCAUCAGCUUUGAAUAGAAUAUAUGAUGAAACCCGUCUAUUAUUUUGGAUAGUCGUCCCGAAGACCCGAUCUCUUCUCCAACUGUUCCCCUACAGACGGUUGAAAGAUGAAGGCCGCGAGGUUGGUGAACUUUCUUCAGGUCCCUACCACGAAAGGGACCUCGGCCUCCCGAUGGAUCAACGAUGAUAUCCGUCCCAUGCCUCCUUCGCGAAGGCAUUGGGGACAGUUGGCAUUUAUUUCUUUCUGGGCAAUCAAUCAGAUCUGCCUCAGUAACUGGCAAGUCGGCUCUUCCCUUGUGGCAGUCGGGCUCUCAGUCUGGCAAGCCAUGAUUGCCACCAUCAUUGGCAAAAUCAUCAUUUCAGGAGUGGCUAUUUUCAACGGCUACGUAGGUGCUGAAUGGCAUAUCGGCUACCCAGUGUACGCGCGUGUGAUCUGGGGUGUGUACGGCUCGUACCUAGCACUCGUGCAGCGAAUUCUUCUCGGCCUUGUGUGGUUCUCGGUGCAAUCGUGGACCGGCGGGCUCUGCAUUACCGCAGUUCUCGACGCCAUGUUCCCCUCCUUCCAUCAUAUGAAGAAUCACUUCCCCGAGAGCGCGAACAUGACCACGACGCAGUUUAUCGGAUGGGUGGUGUAUAAUCUGGUUACCAUUCCAAUGCUGUAUAUGCCGCCGGAGAAAACAAAGCGUGUCUUCAUGAUCAUGAACGCUAUUUCUCUGGUCACGCUGACUAGCAUCAUGAUAUGGGCUUUGGCAGCGGCGCGUGGUGCAGGGCCACUUCUGUCCGCUCCUGCAACUGCUUCGACAGGCGCCGAGCUGGGUUGGGCAAUUGUGAAAGGAGUGACGACUGUGAUUGGGUCUAUAGCUGUUGGACUCACCAACCAACCAGAUUAUUCUCGAUUUGCUCGCCAUCCAGGUGAUCAAGUAUUCGGACAAUGGUUCUCGAUCCUAAGCUUCGGCACCAUCAUGCCGCUGUUCGGCUGCCUGACGAGUUCAGCAACGCAGAAGCUCUACGGCCAAGCAAUCUGGAACCCGCCCGACAUCAUCCUACAAUGGCUGAGUGAUUCCUACUCCUCCGGAACCCGCGCCGCUGCCUUCUUUGCUGGCGUAGGCCUCGUAGUCUGCCAACUCGCCAUCAACACCAUCGACAACUCCUUCUCCACCGGCAUGGAUCUCUGCGGGCUCUUCCCCAAAUUCAUCAACAUCCGCCGCGGCGCCUACAUCGGCCUGAUAAUCUCCAUCGCCAUGUGUCCCUGGGAGCUUUUAAGCAGCGCCGGCACCUUCAUCAACGUCAUGUCCGCCUACUCUGUCUUCCUCGGCCCCAUGUGCGGCAUCCAGAUCUGCCACUACUGGCUGAUCUGCAAGCGUCGCAUCAAGCUCUCAGACCUGUAUGACCCGCACAAGGAAGGCAUCUACUAUUAUUUCAAAGGCGUGAACUACCGGUCCUACGUGGCGUGGGUGGUCGGCUGGGCGACGCAAAUGCCAGGCUUCAUCAACGCCGUGACGCCUAGCAUUAUCGUCAAGAAAGAACUGCAGGAAUUGUACUACCUGGCUUUCCCGCUCGGCUUCGCUAUCAGCUUCGUUGCCUACUUCAUCCUGAAUAAGCUGGAUCCGCCCCGAGGAUUGGGCGAUGUGGAUGAGGCGGAUUAUUUCGGUACCUUCACAGCUGCCGAAGCGCAGAAGUUGGGAUUGAGGGAAUGGAGAGAUGAUGGUGAGGGCUUGGAGGAGGUUGACAGUGAAAGAAAAGAGGCGGAUACGAAAAUUACUACUAUAUCAUGAGUGAUUAAUUGAUUAGCGGUGAGAAUUAGCAAGAGAUAGGGAUUUAUGACAUGAUGAAACACCAGUAAACUUCACAAUUAAUACAACUAGCAACUUCAAUCAUUCGC